AUGUCGGAAAGCAAGAUUAUUUUCUCUCUGGAGGGGAAGGGCCUCAAGCUCACCACUGAAGCCGAUCUCGAGCCUCAUAUCGCAGGCCUCCGCGAACAAGAUGUUGAAGAAGUCAGGAUCCUGGGCAAUACCCUAGGUAUUGGGGCUUGCAAACUCCUCGGGGAGGUUCUGGCCACCAAAAAAAACCUCAAGGUCGCAAACUUUGCAGACAUCUUUACUGGCCGACUUCUCAGCGAGAUCCCCGAGGCCCUUUCUUCCCUCCUUACAUCGAUCCUCAACCUUCCGAAACUAAACACGAUCAACCUCAACGAUAACGCCUUUGGCCUCAACACACAAGCCCCCGUUGUGGCAUUCUUGUCAGCCCAUGUGCCUCUGCAGCACUUGUACCUGAACAACAAUGGUCUCGGCCCACACGCCGGCAUCCUCGUGGCGGAUGCGCUCACUGCGCUCCAUGCUAAGAAGGAGGAGGCAAGGAAGGAAGGCAAGAAAGUUCCCGACCUUGAGACCGUCAUUUGCGGUCGCAACCGUCUGGAGAAUGGCAGCAUGACCGCAUGGGCCAAGGCCUACAGCCUCCACAAUAAGAUCAAGGUGAUCAAGAUGGUCCAGAAUGGUAUUCGGCCCGAGGGUAUCUCUCACCUACUCAGCGAGGGCCUCAAGACCGCGCCGCAGCUGGAGGUCCUUGAUCUGCAGGAUAAUACGUUUACGGUCACGGGUGCCAGGGCACUCGCCAAGGUUGUACCAGGAUGGUCUUCUUUGAAGGAACUCGGCGUUGGUGACUCCCUAUUGAAGGCCAAGGGUGGUAUCGCCCUUGCUGCGGCGCUCGCCAGCGGGAAAAACGCCAAGCUCGAGACCCUGCGCCUGCAGUACAACGAAAUCACCGCUGUCGGCGUGAAAGACUUCGCCGCCGCUGCAAAGGAGGCCCUGCCCGCGCUUAAGCGUAUCGAACUCAACGGCAACAAGUUCUCUGAAGACGACGAGUCCAUCCUCGCACUCCAGGAGCUUUUGGAGGAGCGCAAAGAGAAGAAUGCCGGUGAUGUUGUCGUCGAAGAUGACUGGGGUGUUGAUAGUCUGAGUGAUCUUGAGGAGAUUGACAGUGAGGAAGAGGAAGAGGAGGAGGAGGAGGAAGAGCCUACCGUGGAAGAGAAAGCCGAGAAGUUAGUUAAGGAAGCUGAGGAGGCGCAGGAAGAGCCUACUGUCUCGGUCGCCGAUGGUAGUGUUGAUGCACUGAGAAACAAGUUGGAAAAGACGUCUAUCUAG